AUGCUUUCUGAUGAGUAUGCAGAGGGAGAAGUGCAGAACUUAGAGGUCAUGUGUAGCUAUACCAUAGACGAUCUCUCAGCAGCUCAACGAUUGUCUCAACUUUUUCAAUCUAACUCGAGCUUGACUACUGCUUCCAACCUAUGGAAGCGGUCAGCUAAGAAACUGAGCCCACAGACCUUUAUUACAGAGACCACUCACCCCGAUGUUUCCAUCCCUAUUACCAGUCAAUCUGCUCCCUGCGACUCCGAAUUCUCGACGUCUGUCUGUGACUCCUGCGAUCCCUAUGCCCUCAAGGUAUAUACCGAUGGCUCCCAUUUUAAGUACGUCAGCUUUCCAUCAGAGUAUAUUUGUCGAAUAUGCUUGGAGCCAAUGCGUAAGCCAGUACGCUUUUCUCAUUGUAUGCACGUCUUUUGCGCUGAUUGUGUUCACUAUCUAUUUGCCCUCUGGGAAAGAACGUGUCCUAUCUGCAAUGAACGCUCCAUUAUUUAUGACUAUCAGACGAUGUUUCCAGGUCCACGCUACAUUCAGUACAAUCCGUUUAUUCUAUACAUCGACGAACAACUGGAUACACAGUUGCACGCCCUUAUGGGGAUUGCGCCAGAUGUGCCGGUUCCUGGGGAUAUUGUGCGAAUAUUAGCCCCGCGCGAGCUUUGCCAAUUUAAAAUGAUCCAGUCAUAUUGUGGCGUGGUUCAGGACAUCACCGAUGGAGUUAUCAGUGACGAUUUAGUCCGUAUUUUAGACCGCGAGACUGUGGAGGGUAUGAGCAUCAACGAGCGCUAUAAGAUAAAUGCUCUGCAUCCUUGUAAAGUUGUCCGCGUCAACUGCUACGGAAUACUCUGGAUUGGAAGACUCUGUGAGCUAGAACCAUUCCGCCCCAAUACCUUUGUUCUAGGUACAAGGGUUAUCUACGGCUCACCUGCUAUCGAAACAGUCAAGCUUCCUGAUAAUAUUACUCAUACCCUAGCUAGCAUCUAUCCUAUCCGGGAUUUCUCUGUACAGGAGAGAGAGUUGUUUAUAGAAAAAAGUCGGUCUUCAACUCAGAACCACUCCUCGUUAACUGGUAUUGUCAAAGAGGCACUUGAUUAUUUAGCCGAAAAGACCGAUCCCAGCACCGUCUCAGACACCGCAUCCAGGGAGUUUGCGCUUUUCUGCCACCGUCAGAAGAAGUGGAAUAUUGAGGUCCCCUAUCACCCGCAUUGGCCUAAGUUUGUUCCGCUUUCCUUGACUGUAAAGACACACAUAUAUAAUAAUGUAGAUGUCCUGUAUCGCUAUAAGCUAAAGCUUAAGGAGGUCAAGCAACGAAAACCGUCAUCUGAAGCAUUAACUCAUAUUGUUAAUUUGACUACCCAGCAAGAGGUGCCUGAUGUUAGCACUGCUCACUUCUCAUUUGAUGUGGCAUCACUUGUCAUGAAUCCCGUUACUAGUCUGCCAAUUGAAGUAUAUUUGGUUAAGCACGAUCUUAUUUCUUUUGACAACGAUCCUUUAUUGGGAUUUACCUCAAGCAAUCAGACUGGCUUAUCCAAUAGUGCAGCGUGCAUGCAACAGUUGCCUAACCAUACUUCACAGCCCCGUUCCUCUACUAUUCCCAAGACAACAGGGUCGCAAAUGGUUACCUAUUCCACUAACGUGGCUGAAAAGUCAUAUACCGCACAACUUGCUUCCUCGUUCCGGUUUCCUGAACCUAACGAAGAUCCUGCCCCUUUCUUCAGCGAGGCUUUUAGGCAGAAGCUUAGUUGCUGUGAUGAGGUGUCUACUGACCUUAAAGGCUCACCUAUAUAUAAUGUUCGUGCAUCACAUUCUGAAAAUAUUGGCACCUUCUCUCUUCAGGUUGACUCUCACAUGCAGCAUGCUCAAAUGGUCGAGGAACUUGGGCAGUCCGGCAAGGUAGCCACUACUUGUGAUAUAUCAUCCAAAAUUGCCAUGCCGUCCCGAAGAGCAAAAGCCCAACGCUGGCCAGAGGCACUUGCAACUCAAAAUAAACUGAUAGAGGCGGCCGCACGACGAGGAAAUUCUAGCCUUGGACUCUCUUCCACGGGGGAGAAGGGUUCUCAGGCAGCGCCAGCUGAAUUCAGUACAAAUUUAUAUGACCAGGCCUACUCAUUUCCGUAUACUGAGAACAGACCAACUCUUCUCUCAUCCAACCUAACCUACUGUUAUCCGUCUCAUCUCCGCAAAUUCCUCAGGAUUAUAACGGAUUUUACAAUGUGGUACUCCUACAGAGACUUUUGCUGCUCUGGCUGCCGCGGUCUCCUACGCUUUCCAGUUAGGACUCUCUGCGGCCACUAUUACUGUUACAAUUGCUACAUGGAUUGUCGUGAAAAUAAUUGGGUUUGCUUUGACUGUGGCAAGAUUAUGGAGCAUAUUGUUCCGUUUGAUGAGCCGUCAAACCAAUGCAACGGAGAAUUCAAAGGAAUACCUGGUCAGUCCACUUAUAUUAACAGAAAACAAAUGCCGCCAAUAGAUUGGGAAAAGGUUUAUGUAAUGCGAAAACAGAUUUCAUGGUUCAAUUGCCUCAUAGAUUAUGGGUUUCCGUGCGUUGUGCGAGGGUAUUCGCAAACAAAGAUCGGUAUUCUCCUAGAUGAUCCAUCCAAGGUGUUUUGCCACAUUUUGUUGGGGAAUAAGCAUAUAGAGGUACACAAUGUUGCUACCAUUUCCGCUAUCAACGUCUUUGAUCUCCGGCCAGCACUUAGAUAUGGCGAGGGGCUCUCCUUGACUCAAUCUCAUCGCAGUCCGUUCUUCAACUUUGGAAUCUGCAACAUAACUUCGUCGUAUCUCUAUACAGAUAGUACCAUAUUUUGUGCAACAAGAUACUCUUCUGAGCUCUUUAUGAUGGGCCUGAACAUGAGUGUCAUGGCACAUAAAACCUUACGCUUGGUGAAGGAUCUAGAGCCACAGUUUACUAUUGCCCGUAGAGAGGGUCUCAGGAAGCAGAAGGACGAAGAGCAAAAGGACUUCGUAUACGUAUGGAACUGGUGUCAAUACGAGCGGAACAUAGCAAAGCAGCAGUACGAUAUGCUUGUGUAUGGGCACGUGCACGGAAAUCCUAGCUCUCAUCAAAAGCCUAGCUUCCUUGAGAGUGAAAGCCCGCCGUCUUCUCCGCCACUUCCUCUCGGUGCCAGUAACUUCAUUAGGCGACGACGAUGUAAGGAUUUGACAGAGCAGUCCUCACCUCUCUCUUUCCAGGCAUCUAAUGAUGCACUCCCUCUGCAGGUCACUGGCUGCCACUCAGGUGGUCCCUCUGAGUACCCCAAAGCUGCAGAACCUCGCCACAGAACUUAUAAUCCACAAACAUCCGUGCUAACUUUUCAGUAUCAUCACAGAUUGCGGCCUAAACAAGCACCAACAGCCACGGCAUACUGUUCAACGCACCCGCUUAUUAAUCCAAACUAUAGAAACAAACUUGUCAUGCAAGAUGAGAAGAUCCUGAAAUAUAGAAAAGAUUUCAUUAAAUGGUAUUUUGAUCAACCAGAAAUGCAUCCCAACAACUCUCCUAUUUCCUUUGCAUUCGGCGAAAGCGCGAUAAGGCCAACAGGCAACUCUACCAAGAUGUACAGUCUCCAAGUAGAAAGAAAAAUGCAAAAAUAUGACUCUACCCCUCAUAUUGACACCCAGGCUGAACGACUCAUCAAGGAAGAGGAGAGGAAUCAAUAUGUGGUGCGAUCACUCUGUGAUACUUGCCGCCGAUUCCCAACACUAAGCUUUCUUUGUUCAUCGUGCCAUUGUGUACUACGGAGACCAGUUCGUCUUGUCUGCGAUCACAUUGUCUGCAGGACGUGCGCAUGCAUACAUUUGGCCUCGGAAAUCCCAUGUCUAGCAUGUGGGGUUGCAGUUACGGAUAUAAGCAAAGUGCGAUAUGAGGUAGAUUUAGAAAACCAGAUAAUACAUGCAGUUAACCACAUGUUUUAUAGUCCAAAGUACGAUGUGGGAGUUAUUGUUAAGUCCACAGAUUCCUCAAACACGGGAAUGGUUGUAGGCCUGGCUUACUUACAGGGAAUGCACUAUGCUUACGUCGCCUUUUUCGGUGCCAUCAAGCUUUGCAGGUGCGCGAAUCUCGUUAUUUUAGAACCAGACUGGAAGACCCUGGAUCUUGAGCAGGUCCUUGGUGACCACCCCCAGAGGCUUAUUGCUAAAAACAUGAGGCAAUCUUCGUUUCAUCAUCCUCUGGAGUCAUUCUUUAAAAGUCAGCCAACAAUCCUUCAAGCAUUGAAUGAGACAUCAAAAGCGCCCAAUACUAUCGAACAGCACACUUCGUCACAUAUAACAAAAGCACAAGAGGACAAUGGUACUCUUGGUUCUUCAGUUAUUGAAGCACACGGUAUCUCAAAACCUACCACAGAAACUCUUAAAGAUAUGCUACUAAGCGAGCCCGCAGAUUCAAAAACACUUGCACUUCUUGGCACAAUAUAUUCUGUUAGCACAACGACCAGUGGCAUGACCUCUUCGGGAAGGUCAAAGAGUGCAUCGACACCCCUUUCUCGCAAUACGCAUCAACCAAUAUCUGGUAUGUCAUCUUCCACAACUGAUGGCACCAUGUUUCUUUCUUUGCCAGUGCCAUCAGAUAUGCAUCAUCAAGACGAAGAUCCGAUCGAUGCCCCCAGAAAGAGAUUCCAGAACAAUGAUCCUAGUUAUAAUGAGAUGCCCCUUUCAGUUCUGGGUUCCCCGGCAGCAUCAUCAGCUGAAGUCUUGCUUUUCGAUCGAACCAUGACCCUAUCUCAAUCGGGCAGAUCCAACCAUCAACUUGCACCGUUGUCUCAUCCGAGUACUGUUUUUGAUUGUCAGCAACACGAUCGAGAUACUCCCCACGCUGAAAAGCUUGUCAUGUCCCCUAGAGGCAGUUUGCAAAAUGACUAUGUCUCACUACUCCACCUUGAUGAUCAACCCACUGUGCUGGCGAAGAGAAAUCCUACUGAACCUAAUAAUGUCUCACUCAAGCAACCAAUUUUACCAGACUGCUGUGCAGCACAACCCGUCGAGACUUCAUCAUUAUGUCGCACCAAAUCUGCACCCGCGCAUUUGAGUAGAGAAGACCUUGAGAACAAUGUACUCUUUACUAAUACACGCGCUAUUGAUCUGGACACUCAAAGCCAAUGGUCUCCGAUUGCAUAUCUGUCUACAGCAGAAAUAGCCGAGCAAGGAAUCUCUAUUGAUUCUGAUAAGAUAAAGCAAGCUAUAACCAGUGAACCUCCCGUUCUGAGGCGUCAGGAAUCUGCUCCUUCGCUACUAAGGAAAACUGACACAGAUAUUGACACAGAUAUCCACAUGCCAUUUAUAGAAGGCACGCGGGUUACCAAGCUCAGACCGUAUUUCUAUGACGGCGAAGAGCUCUUGAAACUCCCCACUCAUCGACAAAAAUACAGAGUCUUCUCUGCUUCUAUCGCAGGAAGUAAGAGCGCCAAAUCCUGUGUUUCAGCAAAUGAUGCACUGUUUUCUAAAGAACCUCACAAGAAGCAUUCAAAAUAUCCUCAGCUAGGCGAUGUAUUUGUUGUUGCGAUAGGGCCAUACAAAGGACUUCUGGGACUGACACAGUCCUAUGCAAAGGCAUACGAUACGUUCAUAUUGAGCUACUACUGCUUACUUGAAACAGGAACCGCGCACGAAUUCCGUGCCACAGACCUACGCAAGAUAACACUAAUGCCCUCUAUAAGUGCUCAAUCUAUCCGUAAGCAAUUGGCAGAUGCAAAGAAUGCAGACGAAGACAGGAAGAAGCUGUGCUGGUACAGAUUGAUUAUGCAGAAUAAGAUAGCCACCGCUGAGAAGUUUGAGCAGUUGAAGCAUCUCUUCAAUCUGAAGGAUCCCGACGGGAUAGUUGCAAUACUGCGUGCCAAAGAGGCAGGUACUAAAGGUGAUACAGACACACUUGCGACUAUCUCAGGAAUUGAGCAAGUUAGAGUCUCACCCAGAACCAAUCUCAACACACUUCUAGACAAGAAAAUAGUGUUCCUUUCUGGUCCCCGCAGACAUCUGAACAGGAUACGCAGUAAAAGUAGCUCGCCACCCAAAACAAGAGAUGGAGAAGCGAACGCGCAAUCGUCGGGCUGCUUUGGGUUGAGAUCCCUUACGGAUGAAAUGGUCAGUCCAUUAUGUAGGUCGUUUUCUGUACACACACCAAGCCGUGCCUCGCUGAUGCAAGAGUUCACUUCUACAAAGAGUAGCAGUUUCCUACUACAACACUUGAAUCUAAAUACGGUAUCUAGCUUGCCAAAAGUCAUUGUUGUAAACUAG